AUGCCUGAGUCACCCCCCCACAACCACCCUCGUACCUCCGUCUCUGGCGGCUCCGGCGCCACACCCACCCCCGCCAACAACGUAGGCGGAGGCACCGGCUGGGGAGAUACUGGCUUUCAGAAAGGCGGAUCCCACGAUCCCAAUGAACCUCGUGAGGGAUUUGGACACGUUGAGGCCGCCAAUCCGCGUGGCACAAUGGGGGAAGCACUUGGUCUGAAGGAACAGAAGAACCAUGCCAGAGACAAUUUCAUGCAGCGUAUAGAUGAUGCUGAUGGGAAUGUGAAGCCGACGACUGCCAGUGGUGAACCAACGUGUGCCAAUGAGGAUCAUAGUUUCAUGACCCAAAAGCCUGGUGGUUCGGACACUUGGCCGGGAUGGGGGACUAUGAAAAAUGUCCUUGCACCGUAA